AUGGACCCACAAGCAGGAAUAUCUCAGAAGUACAUCUAAUGUUAUCCCUGGAUUGUGAAAUAACAGAUAAUGACAGUAGACAGGAUUCUCCAGGAGAUAAUCCCAUUACCCCAAUUAUACAUCAAGCUCUAUCAGCUGAUCCCCCUGAUCCUGGGAAAUGUUCUCCUGAUCACUCUAUUACAGCUCUGAGAUUAGAUACAGAGUUUCCCUGUUCUAUAGAUGCCAAAUGUUUUACACAUAAUACAAACCGUAUUACUCAUCAGCCAGCUAAGGCAGGUGAGAGGCCAUUUCCAUGUUCUGAGUGUGGGAAAUGUUUUACAUAUAAAUCAGAUCUUGUUAGACAUCAGAGAAGUCACACUGGUGAGAAGCCAUUUCCAUGUUCUGAGUGUGGGAAAUUUUUUACAAAUAAAUCAAAUCUUGUUACACAUCAGAGAAGUCACACUGGUGAGAAGCCAUUUCCAUGUUCUGAGUGUGGGAAAUUUUUUACAAAUAAAUCAAAUCUUGUUACACAUCAGAGAAGUCACACAGGUGAGAAGCCGUAUUCCUGUUCUGAGUGUGGGAAAUUUUUUGCACAGAAAUCGGAUCUUUUUAUACAUCAGAGAAGUCACACAGGUGAGAAGCCGUAUUCCUGUUCUGAGUGUGGGAAAUGUUUUGCAUCGAAAUCAUAUCUUGUUACACAUCAGAGAAGUCACACAGGUGAGAAGCCGUAUUCCUGUUCUGAGUGUAUGAAAUGUUUUCCACAGAAAUCAGAUGUUGUUACACAUCAGAGAAGUCACACUGGUGAGGAGCCAUUUCCAUGUUCUGAGUGUGGGAAAUUUUUUACAAAAAAAUCAAAUCUUGUUACACAUCAGAGAAGUCACACAGGUGAGAAGCCGUAUUCCUGUUCUGAGUGUGGGAAAUGUUUUGCAUCGAAAUCAAAUCUUGUUACACAUCAGAGAAGUCACACAGGUGAGAAGCCGUAUUCCUGUUCUGAGUGUUGGAAAUGUUUUAGACAGAAAUCAGAUCUUGUUACACAUCAGAGAAGUCACACAGGUGAGAAGCCAUUUUCCUGUUCUGAGUGUGGGAAAUGUUUCACACAGAAAUCAGCCCUUGUUAAACAUCAGAGAAGUCACACAGGUGAGAAGCCGUAUUCCUGUUCUGAGUGUGGGAAAUGUUUUUCAUCUAAAUCAGCUCUUGUUACACAUCAGAGAAGUCACACAGGUGAGAAGCCAUUUUCAUGCUGUGAGAGAAAUAAAUACGCUCUUGUUGAACAUAUUAGACAUUACCCAAGCACGGAACCAUUUAAAUCUUCUGGAGUAUAAUUAUCACUGUCAUGCAAUGUUCCUCAAGGGUCAAUCCUAUCUCCUAUGCUUCAUGCAAUAUACAGUCUGGUCCAUAUAUAUUGGGACAUCGACACAAUUCUCAUAUUUUGGGCUCUAUACACCACCACAAUGGAUUUGAAAUUAGACAAACAAGAUGUGCUUUAACUGCAGACUUUCCGCUUUAAUUUGAGGGUAUAUACAUCAAAAUCAGGUGAAUGGUGUAGGAAUUGAAAUGGUUUUUAUAUGUGCCUCCCACUUUUUAAGGGACCAAAAGUAAUGGUACAAACUAAACAAUCCUAAAUCAAAUAUUGUAAAUCAGAUCAGUGCGCUCGUCCAGUUCAACAAAAAGUACUUUACUACUUAAUGUGGUCGCAGCCCGGAUCAGUGUUUCGUGAAUUGAGCUUUGACAUAUUUUCCAAGGGCGAUCUGAUUACCAUCUCCUAGAUGAAGACCUGGAUACAAUAUCCAUACUGAUAUGCAAAUAUUUAUCUGGUACGCAUAUAAAUUUUGUGUGAUAACUGAAUUUAAUCCCACAUACGGAAAUAUACUACGCUAUAUAGCGAUUAUUUGUGUCUCCUAGCAGCAUUUAGAUCCCAGUAGUAACCUGGACUAAAGAAUGGGGGACUGAUACGCCAUGUGUCAAGCCGUAAUCCGUACGCUAUAAUAUUCUUGCGUGUGACAAAACUAGUGAUGAGCGGAUUCGGUUUUACUCGGUUUUACUCUGUUCUCAAAACGGCAUCUUAUUGGCUUACAGAUGUCAUGUGUUUUGUAUAGCCAAUAAGAUUCUGUUUUGAGAUCCGAGUAAAACCGAAUCCGCUCAUCACUAGACAAAACUGAUUGAAAAAUACUACACCAUAGUCGCUCUCUUGUUUCUUCCUUUGAUUCCAAAAUCCUAAAUCAAACUUUUACUUUUUAAUAUUUUGUUGCAAAUCCUUUUGUCAGUUACAGCCUGAAGUCUGGAAGGCAUAGACAUCACCAGACGCUGGGUUUCAUCCCUGGUGCUGCUCUGCCAGGCCUCUACUGCAACUGUCUUCAGUUCCUGCUUGUUCUUGGGGCAUUUUCCCUUCAGUUUUGUCUUCAUGAAGUGAAAUGUAUGCUCAAUCGGAUUCAGGUCAGGUGAUUGACUUGGCCAUUGCAUAACAUUCCACUUAUUUGCCUUAAAAAACGCUUUGGUUGCUUUUGCAGUAUGCUUCGGGUCAUUGUCCAUCUGCACUGUGAAGCGCCUUCCAAUGAGUUCUGAAGCAUUUGCCUGAAUAUGAGCAGAUAAUAUUGCCCGAAACACUUAAGAAUUCAUCCUGCUGCUUUUGUCAGCAGUCACAUUAUCAAUAAAUACAAGGGAACCAGUUCCAUUGGCAUCCAUACAUGCCCACGCCAUGACACUACCACCACCAUGCUUUACUGAUGAGCUGGUAGGUUUUGGAUCAUGAGCAGUUCCUUUCCUUCUCCAUACUCUUUUCUUCCCAUCACUCUGGUACAAGUUGAUAUUUGUCUCAUCUGUCCAUAGGAUGUUGUUCCAGGACUGUAAAGGCUUUUUUAGAUGUUGUUUGCAAACUCUAAUCUGGUCUUCCUGUUUUAUUGCUCACCAAUGGUUUACAUCUUGUGGUGAACCCUCUAUAUUCACUCUUGUGAAGUCUUCUCUUGAUUGUUGACUUUGACACAUAUACACCUAUCUCCUGGAGAGUGUUCUUGAUCUGGGCAACUGUUGUGAUGGGGUUCGUGCUAUUUAGUACACUAGUAGUGUACUAAAUAGCACGAACAGCUUGUAACGUAGAGUAGCAAGUUUAAUCUUUCUAUGGAUAAUGGAGAGAAAUAAAAGCUCCUCCCUAAGUUCCUGGAUGCCAAAUCACUGUCCUUAGUAUCUCUGUACAGUUUUUUCUAUUAGAGUACUAAUUAGCAGGAACAGCUUAUAAUGUACAACACAUAUUCUCACAACACAGAUUCUCUAAUGCCGACGAUCUACAGUACUGUGUUGCUCGAACAGUUAGUUGCGUCAGAAUACACUAAUUUAUAUCUACUGUUAUGUCUAUACGUGCUCAUUACCGCUGUGUAUUUUAGAUAGUGAAUGAGUCACUCCUGCAGAUUUAUCCCGAUUUGUGUGAAACCUGUGUGCACCCUUCUGUUGAAUGUUUUACAAUGGAUUACACAGAAAAAAUAAUAAAGUGAAUGUCACUGGAACACAAAAAAAAUUGACACUUUGGGAAUCGAACCCGGUACUCAGCGUGGCAGACCGGAGCCUUCAUCGCUAGCCCACAGCACUGCAUGGAAGAUUCUCAAGUUCAUGUGUAAAAGUACUGCAAAGAGCGAUUCCUCCCCAUUGGUGUUUGUUUAUGCCGUUAGGGGAGUCGGACGCUCAUUUUGUGCACUGUACAUACUGUAAAGUCAAUGAGCUACAUUAUUCCUUUCACACAUUAGUUGUGUCUGCAUACACAAGUGUUUUAACACGUUCAUUUGCGUCUGUAUAAACUAUACACACGGAUUUGGCAUCCAGAAACUUAGGGAGGAGCUUUUAUCUCUCCCCAUUAUACUUAAUACUACGGGAUUUGGACACUCGCAUAUCCCUAACAUCAAUAGACCAUACUGUAUCUGUAACACGUUCAUUUGCAUCUGUAUAUGCUGUACUAUUUGCACCUGUACUGUAUAUACUGUUAUAUACUUUAUGACAUACUGUAGCAUAAUGUAGCGUAAUGAGAUGCACCAGUAAAGUAGUUCUUACGCUGUAGUUCAGUAUUGUAUUUUAAUGGAGACCACGUGCUUGGGCAUUGGUGAUUUAAAAAAGCGACAUCUAGUGGAUGAUCUUCGGUAUUACACUCGAAGGUAACGCCAAACGCUCUGUGUGUCUUCCUACGACUAGGCGCGCCUCCUUGUGCCCAGGUACGCUGCGUAUGCCUGAUCGCGACUAACGCCUCAGCCAGCCAAGAUAACGGAGGACCCGUCUGUAUAUUUAGUUCCUAAAUAAUACAUCCCAAAUGCUUAGGUAUUUUUUCUGCUGUUUAUUUUGUAUCUUGUGCUUUGUGUAAAUGUGAAUGUCUAAUACCAGUUUGCACAAUCUGUAUUGCUGCACGACAAUAUGGCGGCCAUUGGAACGUGUUUUCACUUCUAGUUUGCCUAACUUGUUGCAGACACUCAUCUUGAUAAGGAGUGCUGAGUGUUUUCAGAUACAAGAUCCUGUCCAUAUAUACCCUGUACAUUGUGCAUUAGAGUCACCCGGGUUACAUCUGCGGUGGUUUGUUGUAUGUUACAUCUAUAUGGUGCGGAUACUCCCCUGUAUGAUUUCAUAAUAAAAGCUUUU